AGUCAAGCACUUAUUCAUACUGAACUUAUUUCCCAAAGACAUAGCUCCUCUCUUAGGCUGUCCUCACAUGAAUUUCUAUUUACACACUCCAGUAUUAACGGCCUUCACACAGGACAGAACCUUAUCCUACUAAUGCAUCCGCACUGCAGAAAUAAUCCUGUUUGAUGCCACUUUUAACUGCCACAGAUCAGUGUUGGGUAAUUCUGGGAAUUGUACUUUGUUGUGGCACACUUCGCAGUUGUGAAGAAAAUACAGUUCUGGAAAUUGUAGUUUAUUGUGGCACCAGAGCUCGUUGUGGCACACUUCAUAAGUGUGAAGAAAAAACAAUUCUAGGAGUUGUAGUUUAUUGUGGCACCAGAACUCAAAAAUUGUGGCACGCUUCGUAAGUGUGAAGAAAAUACAGUUCUGGGAAUUGCAGUUUUGUUGUGAUGCCACAACAAAUGACACUUCCCAGACUCCCAUAGCAUUGAGCAAUGAUAAUUAAAACCGGAUUAUUUCUACAAAGAGAACCUUGAAAUUUUGUGAAAACUAUCGCCUGUGAGAGCAAAUGGCUACCCUCAUAUUGAAAAGCAAUAAUUAGAAGCCAAACUUCCUUAAAUGUGGGAGUAUUUAUUCAGUAGUGCUGAUACCCCCAAAGGGAGGCAGUUGGCCCCUCAUGUGAAGCGUAGGAUUGGAGUGCUUCAAACUGAAAAUAUAGCGCAUAUUUUGCAGAUGGACGUGGCAAUUUGUGUACAGUUAUUGCAGCAAAAUGAUGUCAGUAAAAACCUUUCCUGAGUGCUAGUCCUGCAUGGAAAAUUAAUCUUGUUAUUUGCACAACCAAUAUAGUCAUUAUUGAAAACAUUGCUGGGAUGGCAUAGGAUCCCACCACGGAGAAGUAGCAAAUAGGGGAAGCGGAGAGUCCACACAGAGAGAACAUUACAGUUCCCUUCAUAAUGCUACUCACUGUCCAGUAAGACAACAUGAAAAAGUUUAUGCAUGGAACUCUUGGCCACUGUCUGUAAAGAAUAACUGGAAAUGGAUGCUGUUUGUAAAGAUAAACUGGAAAUGGAUCACUGUCUUCUGUCUGUCUUCUGAAGCUGUAACAAAUUCUGGCUUGAGGAGGUAUUUAGAUCUGUUGAAGAUGCACCAGAGGAAGGAGUAUAUGCAGCAGAUGAUAUGUCAAGAAUUUGCUACACACCAUCUGCAUUAGCAAAACAGCUUGGGAAGCAAUAUGACUUGUAAAGGUCUGUGUAUGAGUGUUAAAUUAAAGCUACUGUCCAAAAGUAGGAUGCCUCUACAAUGAACACUUUCCCUGAAGGAGCAAUUGUAAACUCUCUCACAAGAACUCUGUUGAAAAAAUACAAACGCUUAACUGGAACCAGACGAAAGAGAGUGCAUCAGAAUGUAUGUUAAUCCGAGAAGAGUUAGAAAAUGCCAAUUUCUGCAACUAUUUGCCACUUGCUUUCUACUUUGUCUUAUGAUUUUUUGGGGACCACUUGAUGACAGUAGUAUUGUAAACCACAUGAAAUCUUAUUCCUAUAGAUACUUCAUAAAUAGCUACAGUUUUGUGAAUGAAAGCCUAUCUGUUUGCAGGGAUAACCUGGACAGAAUAGCAGGCUAUCAGUACUUGAUCAACCACAAAGAGAAAUGUCAACAGCAGGAUGUUCUCCUUUUGCUGUUUGUGAAGACUGCACCUGAAAAUUACCACCGGAGAGAUGCAAUUCGACAGACAUGGGGCAAUGAACAGUAUGUCCAUUACUAUCUUAAAACCAGCAUAAAGACCCUCUUUGUAUUAGGGCAGCCAAGCAACCUCACCCUGAGAGACCAAAUUCAAAGAAGGCUCCAGACAGAAGACAAAAUGUAUGGUGAUCUCAUUCAGCAAGACUUCUUGGAUACUUUUUACAAUCUUACUCAUAAAUUACUCUUGCAGUUCAGUUGGGUAAAUAAGUUUUGCCCUCAUGCCAAGUUUGUUAUGUCAGCAGAUGAUGAUAUUUUUAUCCACAUGCCAAACCUUGUUGCUUACCUCCAAAAUUUAGCACAAAUGGGUGUUCAAAAUCUUUGGAUUGGGCGUGUCCAUCGUGGAUCACCUCCCGUAAGAGAUAAGAAGAGCAAAUAUUAUGUCCCAUAUGACAUGUAUCCAUGGCUUGCUUAUCCUGAUUAUACAGCUGGAGCUGCAUAUGUAAUAUCGAGUGAUGUAGCAGCUAAAGUAUAUGCAGCCUCUCUGACUCUUAACUCAAGCUUAUAUAUAGAUGAUGUUUUUAUGGGACUCUGUGCCAACAAAAUGGGAAUUGUACCACAGUACCAUCUAUUUUUUUCUGGGGAAGGUAAAGCUCCCUAUCACCCUUGUAUUUACAACAAAAUGAUGACCUCUCAUGGACAUGUAGAAGACCUUCACUAUCUUUGGAAGCAGGCUACAGAUCCAAAAGUGAAAAAUAUUUCAUCUGGUAUUUGGGGAACAAUAUACUGCAGAAUAGUUAACAUUAUGCUUCUUUGCAGAUUAUACUAUCAGGAUACCUAUCCCUGUUUAGCUGCAUUGACCUAAUACUUGAAGAUUAAAAAAAAAAGACUUACUGAGCCAAAACAGAUAAAUCCCAGCUGUUUCCUCAAAGACACAUAUAGAAGUAAACAUGGAAUGUUGUAUAAAAACUUAAAAUGUGAAAGAUUAUGUACCACAUGAUUUUCACCAGAGUUUCCUGACAGUUGUAAUGAACAUUCAAUUUCCAUUUAUUACAGUAUGCACUGAUUUUAAGAAUUGGCUAGAUAGAUAAAAUGUUUACAGUUCUGAAUGUGAACUAUGUAACUAUAAAAUUAAAUUGAAUUUUGGAAAACAGAUUCAUUGAUGAGUAUGGAUACAGUAGGCAGGUCAAAUAAAUUUUUAAGCAGCAUUUUCCCCUCCUCUCCCUACCAAUGCCAUUCUCAAGCACAAAAACAUUUUGAUCCAAUGUCUUACUGCAUGGUUAUACAUUUUACCACUGUGUUAUACUGAUCACUCAAAAACAGCUUGAGAAACCCUGGUGCUAGUGUUGGCUUUAAGCACUUGUUUGGAUUAAUCCUUAAUACAAAUGGUUCACUCAUUAGAUAAUGACUUUGUGGGGAGAAUAUAUUUCUUAUCUUGCAGUGUGUUGUAAAACUCAAGUUACCAAGUUGGGUACAGAUUCACUGCCACUGGUGGGACAAGGCAUUCUUUGAUUUUCCUUAGACAAUAGCCCACUGGUGUUUAUACUAUGGUAAAUUUAAAAAUCAUUAAAUCUGGUGUGUGGGUUUCGAAAAUAGGCCCAAAUGCUCCAGUUUAUGUUUGAAUAGAGAGCACAAUUGAUUAUACACAGCCCCCCUCUCUGAGAUGGCUUUCACUGCAAAUAUAUUUACCUCCCCAUCCAUUCAUGUUAAACUUGAGAAGCAGGAGACAUUUUUAAAUAGAACUCAUACUGAAUAAAAAUUUCAGAGGAUCAUAAUUGGUUUAUGUACCUUGUUCAAAUAUAAUAAUGCACAGAACUCCCAAUUUAGAAAGCUAUAAUCUGAAAACUAGAUUUACACAGCCCAAAAGAAUGUUCUUUUAAAGUUCAGAAACAUCUGAAAGGUACAUCUGUGCCAAUUCCAUAUAUGCAAAUAAAAACAUUCUUCCCUCAAGCAAAGUUUGAAUUAUAACUUACAGUCUUGCAAAAUAAAAGACCUCUACCUCUAUUCAUCUUAACAAUGUGUAUUAAACAGCUAUAUUUUCCUCUUCUCUCUCUUAAAGUGGAAUGGAGUAAUGUGUGUGGGCUGGGUCAUACCAUGUUUUGUAAUGCAUAUUACUGUAUAAGCAUACCUUUUUGCCAUAAUUUGGCCAGUAGGGGAGAGGACUGCUGGAUUACCUUUUUAAACUGGAGUAAUACAGAAUGUAGGAUAAGCUAUACUUAGAUUUUACUGGUGGUAGGAUUUUCCUGUUUUUCUAACCCAGGUAGGGGCAAUGUCUGCCCCUCCAAAAGUUGUUGGGAUUACAAUGCCCAGCAGCUCUAACCAGAAUAGCCAGUGAUCAAGAAGGCUGGGAUGUGAUGUCCCAACAAAAUCUCAGAUCACCUGAUUCCCAACCCUGCUGUGUAACCGUUUUCAAAGUAAUAUCACAAUGCUGUAGGAACUCCAAUAAUAGCCAGAGAAUUUGGAUCUUGACAGUCCUGGAUGAUGCAAACAGGUAAAUCAUUUGUGUGCAUCGGUCAGAUGAAUUCCUUAAGCAUUUUGCAAAACGUCAGGAAUAAGCUGUACCCAUAACUUGUGUUGACCUCUUGAAAUUGGCUGUAUGUGUUUGUGUUUUACAGCAAGUCUGUUGUGUUUUAAAAAAGUAUUUAUUAGCUAGUUUUAAAGGGACAGUUACAUAGAUGUCUACUACUUUAGAACUAGAGGACAAUUUAAAGAAAUUGUGAAGGCACUUCUUUUCCAAAAAAAGGAGAGCUAGAUAAUUUCUUAGUCUUUGGGGCACAGAACACUGUCUUGUCUUUUUUAAAACUGGAAAUUGCUUGGAUUGCCAGUGUUCCAGAUGCAGGGCUGUUAAACCAUUUCUUCUUACUAGUAAAAGUGCAUCAGCCUGAAUGGUCACUUCAGGUACCAGUUUUGACACUGUUAUACAAAAGUGUUUAUUUCUUACCUUAGUUUUUACCUGUUUGGUUUGCAGCUAUUUGAUACGAUUUUUUUUUUACAAAAGAGUAACAAUUAUUUAUUCUCAACUCUUGUGCUGUUACCACAUGUUUUGUACAAGACCUGUUUUCAAUAAACAAUUUUGUGUAUUUUGUAAAUGUGUUGUGCACUGAUUUUCACAUCAUUUGAUAGCUUUAAAAAGUUCUCCACAGAUUCAAUAAAAUCAUUAAAAAAUUAUCCACAGAAUACUUAUUUCUUUAAGGUAUAUUAACAAUACCAUCAGAUACAGUUGCUUUUUCUGUCAUGAUUGAAGACAGCUUUCAUUUAAAAACAAAAUGAUCUCAAGCUUACAAGUCUUAAAAGCUCUCUUCUGCAUUUACUUGACAAGCUCUUGAAUUACUUGACAAUAAUAACAAUAACAAGGGGAGCAGUAUUUUCUCUAUGAUAGGGAAAAGGUGAGGAAGGAUAAUGCAAUUCCCUUUAAAGCCAUGUUGUAAAUGUAGUGACAAUGAUGGAAGGAGAAAAAAUUGUAACAUGAGAAAAUUUACUUUUCUGAGAGCAAAGUAUUGUUUUGGUUAUCCAUUGGCAGGUGGACAGAAGCAGGACUAUCUAUUCCAAGACUAGACCUUA